GUUCGCCAUUCGAGACGAAACGAGGGCCGACCGCCAGCCGCCUGCUGCCUGACGCUGCUGAUGCCUCGCCUCGUUCUUGUACUCAUGGCUGUCAGCCACGCACUCGGCGACUCCUGCAGCCAACCAUAUGGCACAGGUAUGCCAAACCUGCGACAUGGAAAGGCGCAACCAUUCAUUGAUGUGUGUGUGUGUGUGUCUGUGUACGCAGACACGUCUGGUGUGCUGAGAGUGAGAGGAGAGGAGAUAGACCACGAUGCCCGCACGGACGUCCAUAUGGCCCCGGGGCAUGUGUGCAUCGGCAAGUGGCCCACCAACCGACGCAAGCGGAUUCACGCCGCUCCUCGCUUGCCGCAUCGUCCAGCGGAUGCAGCCCACACAACGGUGUGUUUGUCGUCUGGCCUGGUCACCGCCUUGUUCGCCCUCUUCCAAGCUGCAGUCUACCUCUCUGGAGCGCUCAGUUUCCUCGUCUUUGUGCCCGGCGCGGUGCUCAUCUCAGCCGCACUCGUCAGCAGCACUUGCGGGCGGCCCACGCCGAGCAGACAAGGCCGCAGCACGGCUGGAGACGACCCCUGCACGGCUUUCCUCGAGUGCAUCUUCGGCGGCUGUGUCAAGGCGGCACACGUGGUCGCCCGUGCGACCGCCCGACUCCUCCACCCUCUCGCAUGCGGCGCGUUUCCGCACUGUGAGCUUCUCCCACAUGUCAUCCUGUGGUCGCCGGUGCUCAUGACCGCUGCCUCAGCCGCCGUGCAAUGCUGCCGCAUCACGGGCAACCUCCUCAACUGCACUUGGUCAUUCUCGUGGGUCUCGCUUCCCAUGGCCGCCGUGUGCGUGACUUUGGGGUGCAUGGCGGGGUGCGGCGGAAGCAGGGGUGCCCGGACGGUCCCUCAGAGUCUGGUAUGUGUUACCCGUGCGGGGUUGGCUGCGCUCUGGGGGUCGGGCUGGCGUGUGUUGGAGCGCCUCAUGGUUUUCUUCGCCUGCGUCUGCCCGACCGAUUUCCUUCGCCUGAAGAUAAAGCGUAAGUUGAAAACACGCGACUUGGCUGCCUUCUGUGCAUUGCUUCUUCCAUUGUGUGGACAUGUAGGAACUAAGUCGCCUUGUUGGACGAGCGUCGCGCGGCAGGUCGUCGGUGCCGUCUUCAGCACCGUCGCCCGCAUUUUCAUCCUUUGUCUCUGUGGUGCCGAGGCAGCCCCCCUGGCCUCAGGCUUCUACCGCGAGCUGGCUGGCCUCCCGGCCUCUGUCUACGGCCUCGCCGGGCUGCUCGUCAUGGGCUCGGCAUUCUGCCUACUGAUGCACCAUGGGGGCGAAGGUGGAGGUCAGUCGGCCAGCGGCAGCCCCACCAGUGGCCCGUCGCACCAGCGGCAGGGAGGCGGAGCAGGACAUGAGUGCGGCGGUGGGAACGGCUCGCAGCCAGAUGGCGAGGGUGACGAUGCCGGCGAGGGGGGCGGCGACCAAGACGGUGGGCGAGACCCCCGCCGCCGUUCGACAGCUCCUCGCCGUCCCCCGCGCACGGGUGGGUGCCGAAUGCACACAUCGUAUCGAUUGAUACCUCUCUGUCUGUGUGUGCCUCUCUGUCAGCCGUGUGGAUUUGGGUGAAAGCAGUGGACGAGGCUGAGGUCUUCUCCAAGGCCGAAGCGGCCAAGAUCGUCACUCGUCGAGUGUCCCCCAACCUGGUGCAGGAACAGCCGCCAUGGCCCAACUGCGUCUGCGUCGAGAUGGACGGUCAGCUGAAACACACACACACACACACGCAGGCAAUUCAGCGCAUUGUUUCCCCGCUCGUGUCUUCUCAGGUACGACGCCUUCGGUCGUUUCUGAGCUGCUCAGCAUUCACCCACCCCUGUGUUUUCGAUUCGUCGACGAUAUGGACGGUGCGCCGCAGACAAACGUCACUCAUACGGGAGAGUCGUACAUGUACUGUAUAUGUGUCGUUCGUUGGUCUGUGCUUCAGGUUUCGGUCUACCCAAUGGUCCCGGCGGGCAGCCACUGCAAGACAACACGGACACACCAGCAGGUGACUCAUGCUGGCACAUGCGUACUCGUGAAGCCAUCUCAUGCGCGCCUCUUCGUGCCUGCCGUCUCCCAGACGAUGAUGGUGAGCUCCCGCAGUGGCCAUAUCCGUAUGCGCAUCCCGGCAUGAAGGGUAGGUGUAGGACACAAGACCCACCCCAUUUCAUUCUUGUCCGUGUCCGUCUCCUCUGUGUCAGUGGAUGAUGACGCGACCAACGCUGUCCAUCCCCAGAUGACAGGUCAUACUUGUCAACACCAGAGUCAUGCAGGGCCGCUGCAGUCAACAAAGCUGAUUCUUUUGGGUGUGCUGCUGUUCAGGUGGCCAAGCAAUGCCAUUGAUGAACCUGCCUCCUGCUGCGAAUGCGUUUCCGCCCUCAAGCGACGGUGUGCUGUCUGAGCCUUCCACCUCAUUCACUCACGGGCAAACAUUCCUUUCCCUUCACUGAUUCAGGCGGCCCUACAUCCAUGCACCGACAAGAGGUGAACGCCGGACAGUGAAGGUGAUUCAGUCUGCACCCAUUCCUUAUGUGUGAAUCAGGGACGCAAGAGGGGCCGUGAUCGAUCGCACCCUUACUCACCCACUGGACUCCAAUCGCAUGCACCGGGUCAGCUGGUCGGCGCACUCCAUAGACGGAUUGUGAGUACUUCUUGCGGUUCAUUGACCUGAACAGGUCUAGAUCCACUGACCGCGGCCCUGUCGACAGCGGAGGGAUGGCGGGCCGCCUGCAAGAGCCCCACCGAGGAGUUCUCCGUCGACGGCUGCAUCAACUACGAGCCCUACAAGGAGGGCACGCCUGUGCUCUCUGGCGUGAGUAUCCGCUUGCGCCUCGACAACUUCCCUUCAGGCCCUGUCGUCUGGACGCCGUGGGUGCCGUCCACCACCGACCAGCACAAGCUCGACGCGGAUGCCAAGAACAAGAACAGCAGGUUUUCCCUUGGGCACAGGUGGAGGUUCCCGACGUUCGGUCGGUGGGCCGGUGGUUCUGACACUGCCAACUACGAGAGGGAUGGGGGGAGGCUGCCCACGCUGGGUGGGAGGUCCUACGUCCCGUCUCCCGUCCGCUACAAGGAGAAGGACGUCUUCCUCUGCACACAUCACGCGGACGAUGGGGACGCCCCGUGCAACGUGCUCUGCCAAGACAUCUCUGCGCACAGCAAACCCCACGACCUCGAGAAGGAGAUGCGGCGGUGGAUGGCACAGCAUCCUCCCCCCAUGAGCAUCUCUGCACAAGACGUCAGCGCCAAGCUGGUAGAGGUGGCCAGUCGGCUCAACAUGCGUAGAUUCAAUGUCAGCAAGUGGAUUAAUGCCUUCAUGCAACGGUGGCAGCAGGUGCGAUGGAGCAAACACAGGGAGGGAAGGCCGUCCAUAUGGAUUUAUGGCUGUCCAUGCGAAGUGUCUCGUCUCUGCAGGCUUCCCACAGUCCAGCAGAUGCACCAGCUGCUGCAGCGGCUGCAGCCGCUUCCCCCAAUGGCCACCACAUGACUCCAGGUAAGAGCACCAGACGAGCACCAGACGAACCAGACUGCUUCAAUGUGACCGCCUCAUCUUUCCUUCCAUCAGGUGUUGACUUUGCGCACCAUGUCAAGGGGGUGGUCGACUCAGACCCGCUCAACAACCAGGGGCUCCGCGUAUGCCGUGACGCCAGCAGUGGAGCUGUUUUCAUCCGUGUGGUGGGAGAACCAUUUGAGGUUGAGCAACUGUUUCCUGUCGGCCCUGAGCCGCUCGCGCCGACGAUCAUACGCGCAAGGCAGCACCGAGAUAGCAACACCGGUGAGCCCUCAUGCUCACGCACUCCGUCGACGAGAAUCUCUUGUGCAUAAGUGUGUGUGGCUUCGUCAUCAGUGUGCCAGAGCGAGCCACCGUCCACUUCGUUGAGCGCCCCCACGCCCAUCUCCAUGUUUCCCUCGAGCACCGGUGCGUCGGCAGCACACCAAGCAUCGCUUUCAUACGCAUCAGGUCAGGCACAUCAUACGCAUCACUGUGCCAAUCCUUAAGCCAAUACCUUACCUGUCUGCCUGUCUGUCUGUCUGUCUGCUCGUCUUCGGUGCAGGGCAGCAACUCGACCAACCCAAUGGGGUAAGACAGAGCCCAGGCUGGUCACGGCAAACAUGACAUGCGUUGUCUCUUCUUGUGCUCCUCACUUCUUCCUCAGGAAACCGUGGCUGACAUGGCACCCGCCGGACCUCCUCCCCCCGAGGACGCGGACUGUGAGAAGGUCCUCUUUGGUGAUGGUGGGGCAGCUGGGCGUGGGCGUUAAGGGGAGGGAGAGGGGUGAGAGGGGUGCUUUCAAAAAUGCUGCUUUUCCAAAAUCCAUGAUUUUUGUGAGUAAAUGGAUGUAUCAUAGUUUUUUUCCCGACGUACACGUGUCGGACCUCCCGGUCGAGGCGAUGCUGGGUGUGGUGGCGGGCGUGGUGCGGUCGUGGGGACGCGGGGGCUACGGGGUGCCGGCCUCGGCAACCCACGUGUUGCGUAAAAAAUGUGACAUACAUGUAAUGACGCGCAUGGCUAGCUGGGUGUUCAUGGUGUGCUGACGGUGCGUUUUUCGCCGUCGACCAACGAGCGCACCUCGCGCACCUCACAUCGCAAGCUCAGCCGAAACGAGGGGGGGUUGAUGGUGAGAGAGAAAGAGAGAAGGGACGGGGCACAGAAGACAGCAAAGAGGGAGGCAGGGCCGCCUGAAGGAAGCGUGUAUGGGCGAGAAAGGAAGACACAAGGGGGGAGAGGGUGCUGUUGUGUCUCGUGGGUACGUCUGCAUGCUGUGUGUGUAUGUUCGUGCUGCUGCGCUGUGCUGAUGUCUUGUGAGUCUCUUUGGCUCACCACUUGCUACUUAUCUUUGCUCACUGACGUCUGCCUUUUAUCCUGUCCGUCUGGAAUAUCCGCUCACUGACACCGAGGGAGGGUAGAGGCCACCGAGAGAGAGAGAGAGAUGCACGGAUUGACGACCCACCACUCAUCCUGCAUCUGAUGUCUGCCUGUGUACCACCAUUCCUGUGCUCAGGCAUUGACACUGAGAGAGGGUAGAAGACGGAGAGAGAGAGAGAGAGAGAGGGUGGGUGUCACUCGGCUUCAUCUGUGGAAGCUCCUGACAUGCAUACGUACAUACACACAUACUCACACAGACACACACACUAUCUCUCUCCGUGCAUACAUACAUACCAUACCUGCCUUGUAUCACUGACUGACUGACUGACUGACUACUUCACCGCCCUCGUCCAUGCGCUUUUGUCUUCGUACAUGCAUACAUACACACACGGCUGUCUGCAAUACAGCGUACAUUCCAUGUGUCCCUAUCUCUCGUGCAUCCAUACCAUACCGUACCACAUAGCCAUAGCAUUUCAUGCCAUCCCAUGCCAUGCCAUGCCAUGUAUCACUGUCUCACUACUGGCUGACUCACUGACUGACUGACUGCCUCCCAGCCUUCAUCCAUGUGAGCCACUCACAGUCGCGCUUCUAUGCUCUGACAUACAUACAUACAUACGCACCUGGUCAGCGGAGCAUGUCUAUGUGUGAUGUCGGGUGUUCUAUUUCCCCCGCCCCGCCCCCUGCCUAGCUGCCUACAUGCUCGACUAGCUCUACUAUGCUCUUACUGACUGGUGCACUCGUUGCGUAAGACUGAACUGGCCGUUUCUUAUUUGUACCCUACUCCCACAUACUUACUCAUGUUGCGUGCUUGCUUCCAUGACCUGUCAACACCACAACCGACGACCGACCCCUGUAUUUGUUCUCUGAUGGGGGCGGCGAGCGGCUCGUGGUGGGUCUCACCGGUGUUGCAUGCUAUGCACUUGUGCUACUAGCUCUCUUGCAUACUAAGGUACGUGGCCACUCGGACAAUGUAGAGUUCUCGGCAAUCGAUCCUUGUUCGUGUGAGUGAAUGUGUAUGCCUCGAUUUUGCUGUUGUGUAACCGAGGGACCGAUGGACGGUGGUCGGUCGCUCAUAAGCGAGUUGACACGUGAACGUCGGAGCAUGUGUGCGUGUCGUGUGCAUGUGACGUGCCCCCUGCCUUUCACAAUACAUGAUGAUGGUGAUACACAUGCAUCACGGGAGGGCCACACAUGGGUGAUCUGUACCAUACACACACAGGGAUGGGUCGGGUAUGGUGUUCGUUCCUUCCAGUGUAAGUCCUCACGCUAUUCUCUCUUCAGUAGGUCGUUACUGACUACGCGCAACUCGCCUUCAUUCCACCUCCCAGCAACGUGCAACGGUUCUCUGCAGCAGUACGACCAUCGCCAUACACACCCAUACGUACAUACACAUCUGGAUCGUCUGGGUCAGCGGAGCAUAUCUAUGUGUGUUGCAGUGCCAUGUUCCCCCCGCCUAGCUGCCUACAUGCUCGACUAGCUCCAUGUGCGUAAGGGGGCUCGCUCAGGGCCUGACAUGUAGUGAAAUGGCCCCUCGUGGUUGUGAUGCAUACCGCGCGUCGUGUGUAGGUGUGUGUCUUCGACUGCUCGGUGGACAGCCGCAGCAGCAGCGAGUUUUGGCUGUUUGUUUCGAUGUAGGAAUCAGGGCCCUCUUAUCGCUCAUGAUUCCUCCUACGCAUACCAUGGUUCCAUGCUUUGCGGCAGGUACUGGGGCUCCUGGGAUUGUAGUCAUGAUGAUAUCACUCCUCACCGAUCUAGCCUUGACUUCAUCUAGUCUUGACGUCUCACCCUUUCACCCAUAGGCCACGUUUUCCCUGUCUUGGCUGCGACUUUCGUCGUGUCUACGUGUCUGUCAGUGGCCGAUGUCUUGGCUCCUUGGUGUGCUACUGGGAGCCAGAGGGUGUGCACCUGCAGGUGCAACCACUCAUGAGACAUAUACGCCCGUAUCCCCAUUUUGUGGGCGAGAUACUGAUAUCAGUGCGGUCGUACGUGUUUUCUACGUGAGAGCGCGUGAGUGAGAGAGUGAGCGAGUGAGUGAGUGAGUGAAAGGAAGCAACGACAUACACUUCCAUGGGCUGCCUCCUUUCUGAUUGCUGCCUGAUGCACACUUGCCCUUACUUUCUUUCUCGUAUGCGUUUCUCUGUGUGUGUGUGGAUGCCGGCGGCAAUGGGGAGCUCCCCACACUCUGACCCGCCAGUGAUGUGAGUGAUGACUCCCUUCCGAGAGGCACGCAUGGGAUGGGUCCUUUUACACACGGAUGCGAAGCUCAUGUCACACGUAUACUCGGCUGACAGGGGCUGCCUUGCUCAUUCCCCUGUGUGUCCAUGCUUGUACGAAUGCAGGGCAGCCAUCGUCCACAGAUGCGCACUGACCGAGAUAGAUGCCUGCGGACACUCACUCACCUCCGUACGUGUACACCUAGACAGAUACGCCUGCAUACAUACAUGUGCAUGAUAUGACUAUGUGGGUGCGUGUCGUAUCUAUGUGAGUCAAUGUGCAUGCAUUUAGCUGUGUAUUCCUGAAUGACGGAUGGACGGGCUUUUUAUCACGUCGGAGCAUAUGUGCGUGUCGUGUGCAUGUGACGUGCCCCCUGCCUUUCACAAUACAUGAUGAUGGUGAUACACAUGCAUCACGGGAGGGCCACACAUGGGUGAUCUGUACCAUACACACACAGGGAUGGGUCGGGUAUGGUGUUCGUUCCUUCCAGUGCAAGUCUUCACGCUAUUCUCUCUUCAGUAGGUCGUUACUGACUACGCGCAACUCGCCUUCAUUCCACCUCGUAGCACAGACAGACAGACAGACACGUGCAACGGUUCUCUGCAGCAGUACGACCAUCGCCGCACACUCACACACAUACGUACAUACAUAUCUGGAUCGUCUGGGUCAGCGGAGCAUAUCUUUGUGUGUUGCGGUGCCAUGUUCCCCCCGCCUAGCUGCCUACAUGCUCGACUAGCUCCAUGUGCGUAAGGGGGCUCGCUCAGGGCCUGACAUGUAGUGAAAUGGCUUCUCCUCUGGUGGCUUCGGUGGUGGUGUUGGUGACAUUACCAUAGCACCACACACUUACUCAUGUUGCGUGCUUGAAUUUGAGGCCUUUGCACACCAUAACUGACGGCCGACCUGUUUAUUCGUGUCUGGUGCUGAGGAGAGAGAGAAAGCAGCACAGUGCGUGUCUCAUCUGUGGUGCGUGCUCUGCAUGUCUGCUUGCUCCCUGGGACACUUGCAUGCCUCCGUACAAUCGAUCGUCGUGUGUGUGUGUGUCUUCGACUGCGCGGCGGAAGAGAGUUCUGGCCGUUUUCCCCUGAUGCAGGAGUCAAGAGAGGGAUGGAGAGGCAGGGCUGCCCUCUUAUCGCUCAUGAGUGCUCAUGGUAUUUAUCAAUGUUUUCAUGCUUGACGGCCAGAGGCUGGGGCCUCUUAACACACACGCAGUCUAGUCUUGACGUCAUCUAGUCUUGAUCGCUCACCUUUCCAUUCACACGCCACAACUGCCUGUCUUGGCUGCUUUUUUUGUCGUGUCCUCAUGUCCGUGAGUGGUCGGUGUUUUUCCUUCUUGGCGUGCCUCCCUCAGCGCUCAUGCGUAAGUGUGUGUUGAAGUGAGAGAGCACGUGCAUGAGUGAGACACCCCGGCCGGAGCAAGGGGGUGUACUCGUCAGAUGCAACCACUGGUGAGACAUAUGCCCCCAUAUCCCCAUUUUGUAUGCGAGAUAUCAGUUCGUUCGUACGUGUUUUCUACGUGGGAGUGCGCGAGUGUGAGAGCGACGAUUCACACACAUUGGGCUGACUUGUGCUUCCUGCGUAUGCCGAACUGUGCGCCAUACAUAUCAUUGACAUGUACAUUUUCAUGGGCUGCCUCCCAUCUGAUUGCUGCCUGAUGUACAUGUGCCCUGUACUCUCUCUCCCUACCUCUGUCUGUGUGCCGUGUUAGGGAGAGAUGAGUACAGGGGGAUUCCCCACUCUGAUGAUUCCCUUCCGGUUGUGAGUUUUUUCACGGAUGGGGAGCUCAUGCUCGAUUGACAAGGGUUGCCUUGCUCUGAUGCCAGUGCAGGGCAGCCCUCGUCCGCACAUUCGCACAUGCAUCCGUGCGCGUGUGGCCACACACGUACCAGAAAGAUACGCUUGCAUACAUACAUGUGUAUGAUAUGACCAUGUGGGUGCGUGUAUGUCUGUGGUAUGACUAUGUGAGCGCCAAUGCGUAUGGUUGUGUCCACUCUCUUCCUUGCACGUGUCCACGCUGCAUCUGUCCGUGCAUGUUAUGUGAUCAUGGAUGUAUGUUUGUGUGUCUUGUGUGAGUCUUGUGUGUAUGGGCCUACAUCUCACGCGAGAGAGAGACUACAUGUAUGCAUACCUAUCUACAUACAUCUAUCUUCAUUCACUCAUUCAUUCAUUCAUUCAUUCAUUCAUUCACACAUACAUCGGAGGGGUCUACGCUUGUCUUAAGGCAGCUGCAGCUGGUCGGCUCUCACCGUGCUUCGCUGGUGUUUGAUUUGUGAUUGUUGCACACCCACAUGCACACUCGGGAUGCUUGGAAGACACUUUGAAAGAUUCACAUGCAUACUCGAGUCAAUGAACGUGCCUUUCUCUCAG